GUUAGUAGGCUGGGCUACAUUUAUCCAGCCCUACAGCAAACCAAGUGGUGGGUCUUUCGGCGAAUACAUAAAUUAAGGAUUGUGCCUUUAUUGUGACAGACCGUUUCAUGGUGAUCGGGGAUAAAUAGCAUAUUAACCUAUAGUUGGUGUGGGGUCUAGUUCACCAUGUGCUCAUGGCAACACUGUAUCAAUAAUGCAAACUUCAAAAUAAAGGUUACUCACGCAGGUUUAACAAGCGGACCUGACACGUCGAGUGUGUCUAGGAGCACUGACUGAGCGUAACCACGAUGGCAAAGUUCCUGACUCAAGACCAAAUAAAUGAAUUCAAGGAAUGCUUUUCACUCUAUGACAAGAAGCACAAGGGUAAAAUUGAGGCCAAGGACCUGAUUAUAGUCAUGCGCUGCCUGGGGGUCAGCCCCACUUUCAUUGAGGUGGACAGACACCUGCAAAUCUCCAAGAUUGAUAAGUGUGGAGAGCUGGACUUCUCCACCUUCCUGACUAUAAUGCACCAGCAGAUCCAGCAGGAGGACCCCAGAGCAGAGAUUCUGGAGGCCAUGAGGAUGACGGACAAGCAGAAGAAGGGCUACAUCCUGUCCUCGGAGCUCCGGGCCAAGCUCACCGGGCUGGGAGAGAAGCUCACUGAUAAAGAAGUUGACGAGCUGCUGAAAGAGACUGGCGUGGGAUCAGACGGAUGUGUCCACUACGAGGAGUUUGCCAAAACAAUGACCCUUCCUUCUACAAACUGCUGAGCAGCCAUCAGGCCGGAUACGAUCAUACUGUUCCACAAAAGUGCACUAAUUCAAAGCAUCUGCAUGCUGGCUGCCCACUAACAACAUGUUGAAAUGAGAAGGUUUUUUUUCUUUAUUAGCUUUCUGAGGUGUGUUUCUAUAGUUAUUACGUUUUCCUUAUAUUUCUAUUAUGUAUCCCUUAUAUAGAUUUGUAUGUUGAAGGAAGCAAUGGUGUGCCUGGUUGAAAUGUCUGCACUUUAAAUAUAUAACUAAUACUAACUGGCAUUGUUAUAGCUUAUCACUAUUACCAAGUAAUCACUAAAAAGCCUACUGACAUUUUCACAAAGUAAUGACAUUGUUCUUAUUGAUAUAAGAACAACUUGAUUUCUUGAUAAUAAAUGGACAAAUCAUUUUGGGUCCAAACUUGCUGUAAAAUUGUUUUUAUGUAAAUGUGAAUAAGCUUUGUAGGUUUGGAUCAAACAAUCUCUCAUGGAGAAAAUUUGUAAACCAGAGGUAGUUUACGUGGUGUGGUUAAAAAGUGGUGUGGCAAAAUGAAUGUCUUUUCUGGGGCCUGGAGUUUUUCCUGAUCCCAUGUCCUGGUCAGGUAAAACUAUGGGUCCUAUUCGUAGGCUAUGACAAAAUAGCAUUAUUAUAGAUAGCACAGACAAAAAGGGAAGCUAUGACUACAGGGCUGUUUUUUUUCCUGUCAGGUCAUGUGAAUUGGAAAUACUGCUGACCUAAGGUGGACCUUUCAAACUACCACAAACCUUGUUAUUAUUCAUUCCGAAUCUGAUAUCAAAAGAGCCAGAGACAACAAUGUCAAUGGACAACAUACCCUGUAGUUUAGUGAACUAUUAUAGCAGGGCUGAGCGCUAUGCUUACAAUGUCUUUAAAUAUUAUAAUAUCUAUACACACACAAUUUUAACUCUUAAGUACACUUUUUUUUUUAAUGUUUUGCCUGAAAUUA